GGAUGCUCUCGCGGUUCGCAUAACCGCGGCUUCGUCGGGCUCGCAACGGCAAGGCUGAACGGCUUCGAUUUGAGUGCUCGAGUGCAACGUGGCGCGCGCGCCUGCCGCAGUGAGAGUGAUUAGUUUUGAUUAUCGGGUUGUUGUUGUUGCUCGCGCGAUGGCUCGCUUCUGUGGCGCGCUCCGUCAGUCGCGAUAAGGCCCUGACCGUUUCUGAAAAUCACGACGUCCAGAUGAGUCCGGCAACGUGGAAAGAGCCAUUGCUUUUUCUUGCUCGCGACGAGCUAAACUUUAUUCAGAAGUGAAUCAAAGCAAGUCGCGCGAUAAAUCACAUAACCCACAUAAAUUUUCUGGCUAUACUACUUUCUCCCCCACCCCGAAGAAUUAAGUACCUCCGAUAAAGACAAAUCUCAUACUCUUGCGUAAUAAUUUUACUUUUACGAGACUAGUCUUCGGUAGAUGAUACAUCGUUGGAAUUAUUAACGUUACAGUCCGCAACAGACGAAAUCACUUAUUUUCGUUGGCCUAAAUAAGUUACGCAAGACGUGUUUGAAUACACAUUUUUCAACUUUAUGCCCGAUGAUUCGCGCAUGUGCACUCGCAUAUAUAUCAAACACUAAUUGGACGUAUGUACAGAGGCGAAUGAUCGCGAGUUUGGCAUGAGCUGCACAGCGCUCGUCUGACGAGCUUUGGAAGCUCUCGGCAGCGAACGGCUAUUUAAAAAAAUGAUUAAUAAUUCGAAUAGGCGCAUUCGGAUGAAACUGCUGUAGAAAUUGAAACGGAAAUCCGUCGGAAUUGAACGGUUUCUUGACCGGUCGGACGGAGCACUCGACAACUCGAUUCUUUGCCAGGCGAAUCAAAAGCAAAAGUGCAAGGGGCUGGGACUAACUGGCGUGACGUAACAGGUGCAGGCGAGCCGCCGCUAAGGGGAAAAGAUCGCGCACGAAAGUGCCAGGGAUGCAGUCGAUCGAAGGCAGCGCAAAGUGAAUCGGGCGCUGGUACACAGCUGCGCGGGGCCAGAGAGCGCCGCGGCGGCGUAUCGAUCCCCUAUCCGCACGCUUCGCGCUCGCGUCUGUCGUCCGUCCCUCGUGGGCGAAAUCUUGAUUGCGCAAGCGCGCGCGCCAAGCCUGUGCGAUAUUUCCCGGGACACUUUUCUCGCGACUCGCCUCAGUUGGUGUUCGGGAGCCAGAGUGCGACCACUGCGACAACGAACAGACGCACGUGAUCGCGCGGCGUGUGGCUCGAGGUGCCGUUGAAAAAGCCACCCCCUCUCCCCGGCCGCCCGCGCGAGCAUAGUGAUUGUCUCAGGCAACAGGUGACUUCUGUAUCAAUUCCGCUUGCACGCUGACAACAUGAGCGUCGACGACGUGCUCAAUUACAAGCCAAACGAGGAGGAAGACUUCUACGCGCUGCUCGGAUGUGACGAGUCGUCUUCGGUUGAGCAGAUCACUGCCGAGUACAAGGCACUCGCGCUGCAGUAUCAUCCGGACAAAAACGAGGGUAAUAAGGAAGCUGAAGCCAAGUUUCAACUGCUCAAAAGCGCCAAGGAGACACUGUGCGACCCUGAGAAGCGAGCGAACUACGACAAGUGGAGAAACAGCGGCAUCGCCAUCAGUUACAAGCAAUGGCUUGGCAUGAAGGAACACGUGCAUCAGUCGAUGCACUGGAGCACACCAAAGACGAAGGACCGCAUGCUACCCGACGAAGAAGGCGCAUCGAGCUUAGCGGGCGUUGCCGGGCGCAAAAUGCACGCGGCGAACGCGAACCGACGAGCGAGCGAGGGCGGCGCCAACAUUCACUACGGCGCGCGCCGAGAUCUCAACUGGGACAAUCAGCCACCUAGCGAGAUCGUCAAUAAGUUCCGCAACUACGAGGUCUAAAACUCUCCUGGAACCUACUUCUUUUUUCGUACUUUUUUUUUCUUUCCUUCUUGUUCUUUUGCCUGCCUCUCUGAAUCCCUCUUGUCUUUCUUCUCGAGAGACCAUCGCUCUUCUUAUCGCGGAAAUGGAGCCUUUGGAUUCCAUGUCGGAUCAAUCAAUCUUGUUGAAUUUGUUCUUUUCGCAUUCGCAUUUUAUUUUUAUUAUUAAUAUUCUUUUUUUACAAGGGCUGAACAAGCUAGAACGUUGGUUAUGUUUUCGAAGAGAGAUUUCUUUGACAAUGAGGAUUCCUACAAAGAUAAGGUAGGUUAAAGCGAAUAAAUAUGGCUGUUGAAUUGAGUGAUGAAAAAAGAAACCGCUUACGUCAAAAAAAUAUAUCAAAAAGAUAUAUCAAAGAGAUAUUUAAAAAUUAAUGCAAAUGUAUCAAUAACUGUGCGGUGAUGAAACUACUUUCAAUUAUAACAUAAAACUGAACUAUAACCUCGUCUAGAAAUGUACUUUAGUAAAUUAAGGACCAACCGCUUUUUUUGACAAUUUGAAAAUGCAUCGGAAAUUCAAAAACAAACCAUAUUAAAAUGUAUUAUACAUAACUUUCGUAACAAGCUGAUCUACAUAAUAAUAAAGUAUGUUAGCAUACAAUCAAAAUUUUCUGAAAAUAUAACCGACCAUCAUAUAUACGCGAAAUUUAUUUAAGUACACUUUGAAGCACAAACUACGUGAUUUUCCUUUGGGAAGCUGCAUUCACUAUGUACCUCAAAACCCUCAUACCUAUAUAUAUAUAUAUAU